AUGUCGUCCUCCAUCACCAUUCCCACACGCCGCAGCAACGAUGGCCUCUGUGACCCCAAGGCCUUGUCCAGCUCCUCAGACAGCUCUUACUCAGACUCCCCGUCAUCCGCUACAUCCACUCCGUCAUCGGCUACCAAGGCCCUUCACAGCCGUCGACCAAGCCUGCUGAGCUCCGCCCUCUCCAUGGAGAAGACGACCGUCAUCAACAUCGGUGACCCUGAUGGUCCUCCCCGUCUUAUUACCUACCUCUCCUCUAGUCAGGGUUUCGACUGGAAUCCCGAAAUCUUCCUCCCCUCGUACCUCGACUGCGACUACGUUCCCCUCGAGAAUCGACGAGAGCCGGUCCAUGAGAUCCGCCUUAGCGACGAAGAGCUGCGUAAUAUGCUACCCCAAUAA